AGAAGUUGACAGUAAGACAACAGCAGCAGCUGAGAAAAGAUGUCCUUUGUGAGUUGUUUGCGCCAGUGGGCAGACGCCGUGGCGUUCUCAGAGAAGGGUGACAAAAUCUCUGCCCUACAAGCAUUCCUGGAGAUCCAGGACAAGACAUCUAAAAUCUCCUUCAACAUCGGAUGUCUCCACCUGAACAAUGACGACUUCGAUGUUGCUGAGAAGGCAUUUGACAACAGCAUUGGCAAAGAUGAGCAUUUGGCCGUUGCUUUUUUUCAAAGAGGAAUUACAUUCUACAAAAAAGAAAAGUUUGAGGAGUCACUGUUGGAUUUCCAGCAAGCGUUUAAGGAGCUAAGAGGGAAUCAGUUGAUAGACUACAAACCUCUCGGGCUGAGGUAUAAACUUUAUGCUUGUGAGGUGCUGCACAACAUCGGUCUUGUCUAUGCCACACUGGGCAAGUGGGAAAAAGCCCAGGAAAACUUGCUUACAGCCCUUAACCUCCGUUCAGAAGCCAAAUUUGGGCAUAUUGACCAGGCUGUAGAAUCCAUUCUGAAGCAGAAGCUCUUCUCUCUGGUGGGGAUUCCAGCAGGACUGCUGUUCAAGCCCAAUAAGCACUAUGUGGCAGAGCUGGAGAAAAAGGACUACCUUGGAAAAGCCAAGGUUCUGUCUUCUGUUGUUCCAGCUGAUAAUUUCUCCGGUUUCGCCCCCCUUCAGCCUCAGGUUGUGGAUGCACCGACUGCACCUAAGCAGCCUGAGGUACUGAGGGCGCUUGAAGGUGAGCCUCACACUGUUCUGUACGAGUUCAUUCCAGAGACCGAAGAGGAGCUAGCCGUGUUGCCAGGCAACAUCGUCUUUGUUCUUCAAAGAGGGGACGACAACUGGGCAUCUGUAAUGUUUAAUGGAAGGAAAGGGCUUGUUCCUUAUAAUUACCUGGAACCACUGGCCUCAAAAACACUGCAGGUUUCACCAUCAAACAGCAAUGCCGAGAUACCAGCCCCACCCCAGAGACCUGCACCAAACAAGCCUACUAAGGAUCCUAAAGUUUUCUCUGGGUGCAUUGUGAAAGUGCACUUCAUGUUUACCAUAGCAAUGUGCAUUUCACCAGGCCAACCAUUCACAGCUGUGCUUCAGCUGGUCAGCACUAAACUCAAACGUCCGGCCUCCACACUUAGACUGAGCUAUGCCAAGCCUGGAUCGAGUGACAAAGUGACUGUUGACGAGUCAGAGAUGGAGGUCCUGUGGAGCUGUAUGAAAGAAAACCGUCUGACAUUGUGGUGUUCAGCCACGCAGGAUAAAGCCUUAGCGCAGGAGAACAUGGUGGCUCUGUUCUCAUAUGAGGCCUCCACCCCAGAAGAUCUGGAAUUCAGGGAAGGUGAUGUCAUUACAGUCCUCUCUAAAGUCAACGACGAGUGGCUCGAAGGCGAGUGCAAAGGGAAGGUUGGAAUAUUUCCAUCGUCUUUUGUUGCAGAUCCUAACAAGGAUCAAUAAGAUGAGUCAUGGCUAAAUGACACCAUAAAACCACAACUAUCUCAUAUUUAAGCAACAGUCCACGAGCAAUUUACAGACGUUUGUAUGAUUUUCCUGAAAAAUGUUGCAAAUUAAUCACAUUUAUCACUUGCAUAUUCUUCUAAAUAAACCAUCACUUGUUUAAAAAUAAA